GGUGGGGGGACCUUGGCGGUGCCCGGAGCCGGCGUGGCGCUCAUCGAGGGACGCCCGGCCCAAGUGGCUGGGGCCAGGCCGCAGAGCGGAGUUGGCAUUUCCAGAUUUGGGCUCGGGCCGCGCCUCCUCCGGGACCCUCCCCUUGGACCGAGCUGAUCGCCGCGGGGCAGUUCGGGCCGGCUGUCCUGGCGCGGAAUUUCCCAAAUUCAACAAAUCUUCCAAGAAAUCCAUCCAUGGCAGAUUAUGAAGCACGGAUCAUUACUUUUGGGACAUGGAUAUACUCAGUUAACAAGGAGCAGCUUGCAAGAGUUGGAUUUUAUGCUUUAGGUGAAGGUGAUAAAGUAAAGUGCUUUCACUGUGGAGGAGGGCUAACUGAUUGGAAGCCCAGUGAAGACCCUUGGGAGCAACAUGCUAAAUGGUAUCCAGGGUGUAAAUAUCUGUUAGAACAGAAGGGACAAGAAUAUAUAAACAAUAUUCAUUUAACCCAUUCACUUGAGGAGUGUCUGGUAAGAACUACUGAGAAAACACCAUCACUAACUAGAAGAAUUGAUGAUACCAUCUUCCAAAAUCCUAUGGUACAAGAAGCUAUACGAAUGGGGUUCAGUUUCAAGGACAUUAAGAAAAUAAUGGAGGAAAAGAUUCAGAUAUCUGGGAGCAACUAUAAAUCACUUGAGGUUCUGGUUGCAGAUCUAGUGAAUGCUCAGAAAGACAGUACGCAAGAUGAGUCAAGUCAGACUUCAUUACAGAAAGACAUUAGUACUGAAGAGCAGCUAAGGCGCCUGCAAGAGGAGAAGCUUUGCAAAAUCUGUAUGGAUAGAAAUACUGCUAUCGUUUUUGUUCCUUGUGGACAUCUAGUCACUUGUAAACAAUGUGCUGAAGCAGUUGACAAGUGUCCCAUGUGCUACACAGUCAUUACUUUCAAGCAAAAAAUUUUUAUGUCUUAAUCUAACUCUGUAGUAGGGAUGUUAUGUUCUUCUUAUUACCCUGAUUGAAUGUGUGAUGUGAACUGACUUUUAAGUAAUCAGGAUUGAAUUCCAUUAGCAUUUGCUA